GUGGAGCGGGGAUGCCAAUCAAACGUUAGGCGGGAUUUGAGAGUGACAGCUACUCGAGGAAGUGGGCGGAGUUUUCAAGGUGUUUUUUUUGUUAAAAAAAAUAAAGAAAGAAAGAAACAGCUAUAUUAACGCUGAGAGACUUUAAAUCAUGUUUUUACCUACGAUUUUAAUUAGCCUUUUUUUCUUUUAACGCUUUUAUGUUAUAUAAUCAAGAUCAUUUUGUAUUGGAACGCGCAGUGCUGCUGUGGAAUGGUUGGCUAUGACCCCAGAGCAGAGGGCCCUGUUCUGUCCACCACGGAGAUCGCAGCAGCGGGAUCUGUGGCAGGAAUGGUCACAAGGGCCAUGAUUAGUCCCCUCGAUUUAAUUAAAAUCAGAUUCCAGCUUCAGAUUGAGAAGCUUUCUGUUCAAAACCCACGGGCCAAGUAUCAUGGUAUCUGGCAGGGCUGUCGAUGCAUCCUUACUGAGGAGGGACUGCCGGCUUUCUGGAAGGGACACCUCCCGGCCCAGCUGCUGUCUGUCACCUUUGGAGCUGUGCAGUUUGUUAGUUUCGAGAUGCUGACGGAGUUUGUCCACACCAGCACCCCCUACGACAGCAGGAAUGCUGCGGUGCACUUCGUGUGCGGGGGCCUGGCUGCCUGCACCGCCAGUGUGGCCUGCCAGCCGCUGGACACCCUGCGCACCCGCUUCGCUGCCCAGGGGGAGCCCAAGGUGUACCGGAAUCUGAGGCACGCAGUGGCCACCAUGUACCGGACGGAAGGCCCCCUGACGUUUUACCGUGGCUUGACCCCCACCGCGAUCGCGGUCUUCCCCUAUGCCGGCCUCCAGUUCUUCUUCUACAACAUAUUCAAGCAGGUCUACCUGUGGGCCUUUCCCGCAGACCCAGACUCAAAAGGUAAUAUUAGAAACCUGGUGAGUGGGAGCUGUGCCGGGGUUCUCAGCAAGACCAUGACCUACCCCUUCGACCUGUUCAAGAAGAGGCUGCAAGUGGGGGGCUUCGAACAGGCUCGGACCCCCUUCGGACAGGUGCGCUCUUACCGGGGGUUUCUAGACUGCAUUGUGAAGAUCGGCCAGGACGAAGGGGCAAGAGGAUACUUUAAGGGUCUGUCACCCAGCUUGCUCAAGGCCGCUGUCUCCACGGGAUUCAUCUUCUUCUGCUACGAGUUCUUCUGCAACACCCUGCUGAGCCUGAAGGAAAGCACAGAGACGGGCGAUUGAUUAGCUGCAAGAGAGAGAGAGAGGCACUGAGCUGCACUGCGCACCUCUGACAUCCCCUGGGCGAAAGUGCCUCACUCAUAUUCUGCACUAGAGCUCUGGAUUAUUCAAACUCUUUCAUGGUUCUUGGUUGAGCUCCUGGUCAGAGGGAGACUCUCUGGGACCUGGGACCUCAACCACAGGCACGGCAAGAGCCUGCCGUCAGUGAUGUGACCUGAAUCUGUCCGCAGGAUCCAACGCCACUCCACUGCUGUCCUGGAAUAGUGGAGUCCUUGUGCUUUUCCUCACUCUCCACUAAUACUCUUUGAUCAGUUACCUAGGUGGACCUGCCCUGUCUCAUUUAAAUGGUAUUGCCAGUUCAUGUGAUGUAAGGGCCAGGUUUGCUCAGUAUUUACUGCAGUGCCAAAUCAAAGAUAAACAUGUCCCAGAACUAGCGACAGAAAAUUUAGGCUUCUGUUCUCCUUGGGAGCUUCUAGGUUAACAUAAAUGAUGUAUUUAUUUAAAGGUUUUUGGAACAUUUUGACAUUUUCCUUCUGGUUGAAAUGCUUAGUGAAUCUGGCCCCCAUUAUCCUGGAACCCAGUAUCCAGUACAGUGGAAAGGAUAGAAGUAAGUUUAAUACAAUAUCACUGUUAAUGUUUGCUGGGUAGAAAGAAAAGAACAUAGAAACUAUGAUGAAUCACGCACAAAUACCUCUCCUGACCCCUCCUGGGCACCACAGGUAAUGGUCUGUCUCAAUGGGCUCCACUGUUUGCACUAAAUUAAAUAUGUGUACAGAUUUAAUGAAUAGGUGUAUGCCAUUGAGUGGUGUCUGACUGGCGAUUGAGCCCAGGUCCCUUCCAUUAGGAGGAAAGGGACUUGCAUUUGCAGUGUAUUGUGCAGCACCUUUAACAAAGAACAGCAAAGUCUUGAGGUGCCUGGGAGUGGAGUGGCAGGAGCACAUUUGACCCCUCACAUCAGUAUCCUUUUAUUAUUGAUCUCACAUGUUGCUGGUGAUGUUGGGAGUGUGAAACCAGGUGAGGUAUUCCCCAGGGCACCAGGAUUGUCACUUCUGCUGACUGGCAACACUUCUUAAUUAGCAGCUCCAACCUGAUCUAGCUUCUAUCUGUACUUCUUAUUAACUGUACUUGUUAAAUACUGCAAAAGUAAAUGUAAAAUCAGUUUAUUCAUCUGUCUUUAGGGUGAAUGCUUACCUUCUUAUCUGUACAUAGAAUUCUUUAAGGCAACGGCAACCAAAACUUAGAUCAAAAAGCCAUUUUAAUGCAAGUUACCGACCCAACAGUAAAGAAAAUCAUGUGAACUACAGACAGAGAAGGAGUGCUCUAUUAUACUGACCAAGUGGGCAGGACUGCUACAGGGGGGAAUAGAUGUCUUAUCAUAGGAGAAGAUAACAGUGCUAAAACUGGGAAUUAAAUAUAGCAGGAUAAAAAAAACUUCUACAAAAUAUUAUAUAGGCCAGACAUUAAAGUAAUCCUUACUCUGUAACUGAUGAGUUGGGCGCCACUGUUUUGUUUCUACUAAUCCAAGUACUAUGGAAUUUACUGGAUGCAACUGAGUGUGUGUGUGUGUGUGUGUGUGUGUGUGUGUAUAUAUAUAUAUAUAUAUAUAUAUAAAACAAGUCCUUAUUGGGCUGCUACAGUUUUAUAAAGAUGUGUUUCUUAUGUGUUUUUUUACUGCUUUAACAGGGUUUGGGGGCUAAAUUGUAACGUGUGUUGCUGCAUCAAACUUUUGUAUUCUAUAUUAUAAUUAUUAUUAUUGUUGCGUCAAACCCAUCAACCCUUCGUCCUGCAUUGACAGGCAUGUGCCUAUCCAAGUGCUCGGCUCUGAUUCUUAGUCAGGUAUUCAUGUGCAUAUCCAUGUGCUCGGCUCUGAUUCUUAGUCAGGUAUUCAUGUGCAUAUCCAAGUGCUCUGCUCUGAUUCUUAGUCAGGUAUUCAUGUGCAUAUCCAUGUGCUCGGCUCUGAUUCUUAGUCAGGUAUUCAUGUGCAUAUCCAUGUGCUCGGCUCAGAUUCUUAGUCAGGUAUUCAUGUGCAUAUCCAAGUGCUCGGCUCUGAUUCCUACAUCAGGUAUUCAUGUGCAUAUCCAAGUACUCGGCUCUGAUUCUUACAUCAGGUAUUUGCAUGCUUUGCUUGCCUUCUGAAGAAUGUUGUUCAGUUACAAUGUUGUCUCAAUGUACUGCAUUACUGCACUGUGUAACUAAUCAGCUGUAUUUUGAAAAGGAUGAAAAACAUUAAAUACUUUAUUUCUGA